AUGGACUCCACAUCGAAGACCUCCACCAAGGCGCCGUAUAAGAACUGGCCGAAUGAUGCUGCUUUCGAAGCAAGCACCACCUCACCAAAGCCAACCGAACUCAAAGUCAUCGGAAGAUUCCCACCAGAGGUAGCAGGUACCCUCUACAGAACCGGACCGGGACACUACAAACUCGACACGCCGAAUGGAGAGUACAAGCGCAGCCACUGGUUCGAUGGAUUCAGCCAGAUCCAUCGCUUCCAGAUCGUCCCUGACACAGAGGACCCAGGAACCUGUCGCGUAUUCUACACGUCGCGAAGCCAAGUGGACGAGCUGCUUGAGGAGGCCCGGAAGGGCAGGAAUAUUGACAAAUACAUUACCUUCGGGCAGAAGAGGGAUCCCUGCGUGUCGUACUUUGAGAAGGUCAAGACUAGUUUCCACCCAGUGGCACCGAGUAAUGAGCACCCGGAAAUGGCAAAUAUGUGGGUUACGGUGAGGCCUGAUAUGCCGGGGAUGCCGGGGGGUACAGUGACGGCUUUGACGGACGCGAAUCAGAUGCAGACUAUUGAUAUGGAUACUUUGCAGCCAGUGGGUGUUACGAGACAGACGGCGCUGCAUCCGGACUUGAAGGGUGAGAUGUCCUGUGCUCACGCUGCAUACGACCCAGUGACCGGAGAUUUAUACAAUUUCAACCUCGAAUUCGGACGCUCAGCCAAAUACCGCAUUUUUCGGACAUCUGCAAAGACGGGGAAGACUGAAAUCCUCGCCACCAUUGGGUCCGGGGCGAAGCCUGCGUAUAUCCACUCGUUUUUCCUGUCUGGGGACUUUGUCAUUCUCUGCAUCUGGCCGCUGUACUUCACUGGCUACGGAGCAUCAGUGCUUUGGGAGAGGAAUAUAAUCGACGCGUUGAAAUUCAAUCCCCAGGCAGAAACGACGUGGUUGGUGAUAGACAAAAAAGGGGACAGGGGCCAUGUCGCCACGUUCACUAGCCCUCCCUUUUUCAGCUUCCACACGGUGAACGCUUUCCAGGAAGAUCGUGAUGGAAUGGUUGAUAUCAUGUGUGAUAUCAUCCAGUUUUCAAGUGAUAGUAUACUGAGGAAUCUAUACUUUGAGAACAUCCUCUCCACUGGCGAGGGUAAGCCGCCUCACGACGGCGACAUACCGAGUCUGGUGCGGUACAAGCUCUCUGGUGUUCCCACACAGGGAGCCAAAAAGCAUGUCGCAGCAGCGGAGGUGGUUAUGAAAAUCGAUGCAGCUGGGGAGCUGCCCACUAUCAAUCCAAUGUACGCUACGAGGAGACAAAGGUACGCAUAUGGAAUUAUCGACAGGGGGCAUUCAUCGUUUGUGGAUGGGCUGGCAAAGACGGACCUGGAGACGGGGGAGAUCACCUACUGGAGCAAGGAACCACAGCCUCAUACUCCUGGAGAAGCGAUCUUUAUCCCUGAUGGGACGAACGAGGCUGAAGAUGCAGGAUACCUGCUGAGCGUUGUGCUGGACGGGGAGAACGGGCGGUCGUACCUGCUGUGUUUGUCUGCCAGGGACAUGACGGAGAUAGCACGAGCAGAGGCAGAGCAUGCUAUUGCGCUUGGACUGCAUGGACACCAUAGCAGUGCUGCCUACUGA